GGAUCAUUAGCUAGGGUUGAGAUAUAGUAAUUUUGCCCGUCCACAAGGAAGAAAGGGCUAGGACGGGUGCAUAACACGAUGCUGCUCAACCGGCCCAAACUUGGGCAAAGGAUCGCUUCCCCUGCGCCAUGCCACACGGUACCAGUCUCCGUCGUGCGCCAGAGCAGUAGGCCGGCGCGGGUUGCCCCGGUGGCCCGGAACAACUGGAAGACGUUCGGUCCUAGCGCUGAAUUCUCUGAUGGCGAUGCCGAGUUCUACCAGCUUUCUAGCCGUUUGAGCCAGCAACACGACUGGUUUGCCCCCAAGGGCCCACAGCCGGAGGAGCAGGAGGCGUCGACCUCCGAUGCACCGGAGGAGCAGCAGCGGGAGUCGUCGUCGUUCGGGUUGUCCGAGCGACAGAUCCGUGCCCUGGGCCUCGCGGGCCCCCGCUCGGACAUGCCGGACCCGAUUACGCUAUCUUCAAGGUCAUAUCUCCGUGGCGAGAAGUUCACGCCAGACCAGUUUGGCUACAAUGUCACAAACAUGGCCGGCGGGAGCAGCUACCGCGGUCGCAGCUACAGCGGGGCUCGGGCUGCUUACGGUGACUACCCUAACUACCCGGAGGGCCGGCCUCUGUUCCUUCCAGAGGCCGAGCGUUUCGGCAACCCUCCCGACCUGCCAUCGCUGCUGCUCCAGCAGCGCGUGAUCUACAUCAGCAUGCCGUUCCUGCCCAGCGUGACUGAGCUAGUCGUGGCGCAGUGCUACUACCUGGACUUUGACGACCGCAACCGCCAGCGCCCCAUCUACGUCUACCUCAACUCCACCGGCUGCAUCAACGACAAGGGGCAGGCCAUCUCCGCCGACAACGAGUUCUACGCCAUCUGGGCGGCGCUGGGCUUCACGCGCGCGCCGCUGUACACGGGCGUGACCUGGAAGGCGCAGAACCAGGCGGCCGUGCUGCUGUCAGCCGGGCAGAAGGGGCACAGGUACUCGUUCCCGCACGCCAAGAUCUCCACCGCGCCGCCCGUCAUGAACCGCGUGUUCGGCCAGGCGGUGGACGCGCAGCUGCAGGCCAACGAGCUGGACUACGCCACCAAGUACUACGCUGCCAUCCUGGCUCGCUCCACCGGCAAGGACCUGGAGACCUGCCAGAAGCAGUACCUGUCGCGCAAGCGCUACUUCUCGGUGAAGGAGGCAUACGAGGAGGGCCUGGUGGACAAACUGGUGCCCGGCUUCAUGCUCAACCGGUUCCGCAAGAUGCAGAAGGACGCGGGCGUUGGCGAGGAGGACUUGUUCGACAUGAACAAGCCCAAGUUCAAGUUCCGCCGCCAGUAGAGGGCGCCAGUGUUGGUCUGAGGGCGCCAAUUUGCGUGACAGAAGUUGCUGAGGUGUUCAUGACUUGAGCGGCUGUAGGGGUAUUUGCGGGUUGUGGGCGGCGCGGCAGGCGUGGAAGUGGGGGCGGGGUGGGGGGUCUGUGUGCGCGAUGUGCCGCAGUUGUAGGCGAGUAGGACGUUGGGGAGUGUCUUGUGUUUCUGGGAUUCGUGAAGAGGACUUCCGAAAAACGUGUGUCAGGCAGAGAGCGAGGAUGCGCUGCGCAUUCGUAAGGGCAGGUGGCCAGGGUGGCGGCGCACAGGGAGGUUACUCUGCAUGGCCGGGGCGUCGGGGAUCAAGGGAGAUGGGUGGCGACCUGGGUGGUGACUUAGUACCAAGAGUGUGUGUCGGCUGCGCGUGAAUGCUUGCCUGCACGCCACAGGCAGGGUGAGGGGUGUUAUUGGGGCGUGGCAUGCGCGUCUGUGGCCGCACGUUCGCAGAAAUGGCUUCGCGUGGGCGGUCGACUGCCUGCAGGUGCGCAUCGGCUAUGCUAUCCGCGCGGUGUGGCGUCGCAUUGAGUCUGUGUGGUGCUAUCGCCUUGG